GGGCGGCGAGCCCACCGGCCCCGCGCGCCCCGUCCCGCUGCGCCCCCCGCCUCGCUCUCCGCGGCCGGCCCGCGGCUGCUCAAGAGUUAAGAAGUGGCCCUCUGGAGGAGCAGAAUCGCCGGAAACUCCCAGGCUGGCCUUUGCCAAGGGGGGCGUUUUAAAUGAGCCGCGGAGGCAGCCCGGCUUUUGUUACGCGACUUGGGCCGGCUUGCGGGCCGGGCGAUGCCUCCGGAGAGGGAGCAGCGUCCUGCCUGAGCGAGUAACGUGGGAAUCCGACUGGCCGACCGCACGGAAUCGGAGGGUCUUUGGAACGGGCUAUGACUUAGACGUGCAUGUGCGUGCAAGUUUGCUCAUGCUGACUGAGAAUGAGUCCCACCGUGUUCAGUCAAAGUGCGCGUAAAAAUUGCAGCCUUCAGCCCUCUUCGCAGUUGUUGCUACUAGUCAGGAAAACUUAAGCCGCCCGACAGAAACUGACGGGAACGGAGAAGCAGUUGCUCGAGAGUAAGCUGCAUUCAUCCGGUGCAGUAAAGUCCCCAAGACUGCUGUGACAGAGCGUGGGAGGCGAGUUCGCUAACUUGUCUCUGGACUUCGCGCCUCGUAACCGAACGUGUGAACGGCCUCUGCUUGGGAGGGUUCUGGCUGAGCCGAUAGGAAAGACUGUCUCUGGUAUUUGAUUUCCGACGACUGUUUCACCCGUGCCAAUCGUUCUCUGAUGUUGCAGGCGACUGAUAAAAUGAGCUUGCAUAUAAAAACACAACCCCCGGAGGCUAACUUCGAAGGCUCCAGUGAAAUCAGUUCUCAUGGCUGAUGGCACAGAAUUGACCGAGAGGGUGAUCUCUGAAUAUGUGUGCAUAGGCUGCGGGACAGCGGAGGAUUAACAUAAUUAAUAAGGAUUGUGGUUUUUGAGAUCACUCAGAAGGUGAUAGACAUUAGAGCUGUAGACAUUGGGACGUUGCGGCCACCAAGGACAGCUGGUGACAUUCCUGCCCUAAGUCACCGCUUGGCAGCUGUCUGGAGAACUGCAAUCCAGGCUGCAACCAUGGAUGUUAUCAGCAGCCCCCAUGGGAAGAACCUCAAUGAAGUCAGCGACUAUGUCAACCACGCCAUCAUUAAGCGGCAUUACAACUUCACAGGGAAGCUGAAUGAGAACAUGGACACUAAAAUCAAAGCCACUUCAGUGGUCUUUAUCAUCAUAUGUUGCUUCAUUAUCCUGGAGAACAUAUUUGUCUUACUGACUAUCUGGAAAACCAAGAAGUUCCACAGACCCAUGUAUUACUUCAUUGGGAACUUGGCACUCUCUGAUUUGCUGGCUGGGGUGGCUUACAUUGCCAACCUCUUGCUGUCUGGGCCCACGACCUAUACGCUCACCCCUGCCCAGUGGUUUCUUAGAGAAGGGAGUAUGUUUGUGGCAUUGUCUGCUUCAGUCUUCAGCCUCCUGGCCAUUGCUAUCGAGAGAUACAUUACAAUGCUGAAGAUGAAACUCCACAAUGGCAGCAAUAGCUUCCGCUCAUUCCUGCUCAUCAGUGCCUGCUGGGUCAUCUCUGUGAUAUUAGGAGGUCUCCCGAUCAUGGGGUGGAACUGCAUUGGUCUCCUAACAAGUUGUUCGACCGUGUUGCCCCUCUACCACAAGCAUUACAUCCUCUUCUGCAUCACUGUGUUCACUGGCCUCCUGCUGUCCAUUGUGGUUCUGUACUGCAGAAUCUAUAUCUUGGUAAGGACAAGAAGCCGCCGGCUGACCUUUCGGAAGAACGCGGCCAAAGCCACCCGGAGCUCAGAGAAAUCUCUGGCUCUGCUUAAGACGGUGAUCAUCGUUUUAAGUGUCUUCAUUGUCUGCUGGUCUCCUUUGUUCAUCCUUUUCUUGCUAGAUGUGAAAUGCAAAGUCAAGUCUUGCCCUAUUCUCUUCAAAACGGAGUAUUUCUUAGUAUUGGCAGUUCUCAACUCAGCUACUAAUCCAAUCAUUUAUACGCUAACCAACAAGGAGAUGCGGAGGGCCUUUUUCAAAAUUGUGCGGUGCUGUAAGUGUCCCACCACAGAUUCUGGGACCAAAUUCAAGAGGCCGAUCAUUGGAGGAAUAGAGUUUAGCCGAAGCCGGUCAGACAAUUCCUCCCAUCCGCAGAAAGAUGAGGGUGAUUCUCCAGAGACUAUUGUAUCUUCGGGUAAUGUCACUUCCUCUUCUUAGGAGUUCUUGCAAAGAGGAGGCAUGAGAACCUUAAAGGCUGCUCACUUGUCUCCUACCUGAAAGAGGAGAGCUAUGGGGAAAGAGAUCACUCUGAGGUGGGAAGUGGGCACUUACUAGCGUGCCGUUGACAGCAUCAGAUGGAUGGUGCGACUGGAAAAUAUUUCCCACUGGUAGCUGCUUGUGUGUGGGCUUUGUGCUGAGACAGCUUCAGGUUGUUAGGAACAUUCCUGACUGACGUUAACUCUGAAAGACUGGAACCUUGGUAAACCAGCAUAUUUCUGAAUGAGAGUGUCAUUGGGGGUGGAAAGAAGGCAUCUUCCUAUGUUCUCUUCUUCCUAAAACAAAUGUGAACUCCCUGAAACAAAGUUCUUGCUGUUUUUGAAUGAUGACCUUCUACAACUAGGCCAGGGAAGCAGAUGUGCCACUAUAUUCUGGGUGGAGAUAAAGAGGACUUGAGGAUUUUGGCUCAGGAUUGGCUGAGGUGCUAAUGCACUUGGGCAUGUUCGGUUGAGAGUCCAUGGGAAUUAGACGUGGAAGGGGGCAGUGGGUUAGUCUGAGGAGCAAAGACUAGGCUGCUUGCUGUCAUCAGAGUUGCGUGAACUUAGUGGGACUGUGCUUGAGUUAGGUUUGGCAUGUUUGGAGCAGUAGCAGAAGUGUGGUUUGAACUUGGAAGCUGAAUCGAUUUGAUAAAUGUGCUACUCAAUAACAUGGUGUGUUUAUUAUGAAUUUCUAUAGCGCCUCAGUAUACAAAAUACCAUCCAACAGCCAUUGUUUCGCUUAACCUUACCAUGAUCCUAAGAAAUAGUUUUAGGACGAAAGAUGAGACUUGGACAUUUGCAAGCCUUGAAGAUUGAACAAAGAGAUGUGAGUGGGGAGUACAACGAAGCCAGGGAUCUAUAUUCCACUCCACCAUACUCCAGACCCUUCAUAUCCCAGAAAGUUCAUAAUUUUAAAGGUGUUUAUAGGCUGCCAGUCAGUGUUCCCAGAAAGUGUUCUUUGUGUUUAUUGAAUGUAAUUUGUUACUGUGUCAAUCUCUAUUGUGUGUAUAUGUAUGUAUGCAUAACUAACCUGAAUUAAUCAGGUUAAACAUGUACAAAGUGUAGAGGGGCUAACAGGCAUAGCUGCUGUCCCAUAUCUAGAACAGUAAUCUGCGGUCUGUUUGGAUCUAGGACCUUACCUUUAAUCCCAAACUGCAACAUGGACCACAGUUUAAAUUAUUUGCCCAUUUCCCCCUCUUGCUUCCAGGGGUGACCAGAUGCAAAAAGGGACAACAAGGCUUUGUACUUGGAGCACCUGUGUAGGGGUAGCUAUUCUAGUAGGCCCAGCUUGGCAUGAAAGAGGGGGACUGUGUACCCUCUGCCACACAACCAUUACAAGCGCAGGAACCGCUCUUCUCCCUUGGGGAGGGACCCUCACAAAGUGGAUGAGGAUAUGCUUCGUAUUAGAACGGUCCCAAACCCUAAAUGAUGGACACAGAACAGCAGUGGUGCCCUCCCUGAUAUGAGCCAUGUGUGGGCCCUGACCCUAGUGCUUAGAAGUUUACUGUGGGAAUAAUGUACAGGGUAGCAGAAAUCAAUGAUUAAUAUGCGGAUAUUGAUGGAAUUUAUAAUUGCGUGUGUCUCUUUUUCUAAAGACUUUCGGCCUUCUAGUAUUUGCAGUGCAAUGUUUUGUUUUAAAUAGUAUUUAAAAUGUUUCUGACUUUGGUUCUACAAUUUGCACAUAGCUUCAUUGACCUCUAAACAUUAAUAAACUGGGGUUUUUGUACAUGUUC